GCUCGACCAGUAUCAUGGCGUACGCCUCCGUCGCAGAGCCAGUGCAUGCAUUUGUUCAUGGACUCUCUGUCACGUCAAGUCGAAUGCCCUGUCGGAGUUCCGGAUUCUAGUUUCUGGUUGUCCGCGCGCACUGUAAAAACCGAAAUAUGCAUCAUCGGAUGCCGUGUCAUACAUGACAAACGACACAGUCUUGUUCAGUGCGGUGCUCCACUGUGUGCUUGCACACUACCGGUUUGUUGAAGAUAUCGAUAUGUGACCUUAAGGCACUCAUUUUGACUUUCGCGGAGGGGCCUAUUGCGGGUUAGUUAAUACCCCGUUCAACAUAUAUUGCUCUUCUGUUCCUGCUGAUGUACAGGUGGCCUGUGGCCUCUGUUUAUCUGCAUAUGUUGUCGUCGGAAUAGUCAUCACCGACUCAUCUCCAAACAGUCCGUGAAGCCUCUGGGAGUCUGUCUUCCGAGAGGGUCAAGCCUAUUACAAGAACGGUGUGCCCUGUAGAUUUUAAGACGAUGGGCCAUCAGUCUGCACCAAAUUCGUCCUAUCCGACGGGGCGUCACCUGUAUGUCGAGGUUUUCGACCAGUCAACUGGCAUGUGGUCGAAACUGCGGACAUGCUGCUUCGGUGCCCAGCCAAACUGCGAUUGCCCCUUAAAAACAAGGGCCAAUGAAAAUCAGGGGCGCCUCCUGGGGGCUGCAGUUCGUGCGGCGAAGCCACAGACCCCCAGCAGGUCAGUUAAGCACGCAUCGACAGGAGGCGGAGACGAGGGGAGAGAAGGUCUUGGUGCAGGGAGCUGUUCUUUGGGAUGCCAACCGGUGAAGUAUAUCUCUGACCUAGAUUGGGCUUUGCGGCACGGCAUUUCUAUUGAGGCCGCUCGCUGGCAUGUGCCUAGGCCGCGUGUGGCGCAUCAGGAAAAGGAAAUUAGUCCCCCGUCGUCCCACGAUACCACGCCAUGUGGCCCGCGCCAAAACAUAGAUGACCGUUGUUACGGCAAUGUGACAGAGGAAACCGGAUUAGUUUCUUUCCGUUGGCAACAGGCGCUGUCUGCAACUGCUGCAUCCCCGCAAUUCCUUUCAAGGUCUCUGGCUCUGCGUCUCGUAAUGCUACAGCAGCUGAAAAGAAGGUGGCAGCUUGCGUUGCCUCACUGUUGUCACGCCGGCCGCGUCGCUGUAGUCUCGGACCUUCUUAGUAUCAUCAGAGAUUUUUGCCUAUUGUGUUCGGAGCGCGACAUUUCAUCAGUUUUGGAAGGACCGGAGAAGAAUAGCGAACCUGCGUGCGAUAAUCACCACGAGUUUGCAGGUCCGCCGCUGCAAAGUUGGUGGCUCCGGAAGCUGAGACCCGUGCGAGGUGUGACUGUUGAGGGAGUACCAGGCGCUGGGAAGAGGCAGCUUUGCCGUUCGAUAGCAGCGCAUGCGCCUUGGCUACGACGAUCAGCGGCCACUGCAUCGCAAAUCGUCCGGCCCCACUCGAAGAUAACCAUAAGGCCAGAGACGUUCACAUCGUGCCCAGCUGGAGGCGACAGAGACACGCCCGUACCAGGUCUUUAUGAGAUUGACUUGCGCGAAUACAUCAGCUGCGAGUCGCCCGUGCUUGCUACUGAGUGCUUGGAUUCGACGACAGGCGGACCGAUUGUGUGGAAAGGGGCGGGCCAUACCGAGUGCGCAACUCGACGAUUCCGCGAAUCCGGUUCAGGAAGGAAAUCUGCGUCGGCAUCUCUGGAGGCAGUCCUCGCUAGGAUCACUGAGGAAGCCCGCAUCCGCCGUUCCCUGUUUCGCCUGUGGCUCCUUCAGAAUAUGCGGGAAAGCAGCAUGUGCAGUGGUUUCGUGCGCCCUACUGCGGGUUCAAACGCUGAUACUCACCUGGCGGCAGCGACGGGGGCGCCAGACAUCUGUGCCGAUGACAUAGAAUGCGAGAGCCUAUCGCCUACUCGGUGCCAUUCAACCAGAGGUAGCAAAAGCAGUGCAUGCCCUUCUGUAACUCAUCUUUGGGAUAUUGCUGCUGGGGGCGGUUGCUGUUUCUUUUUGAUCCGUAAUCUGGAGCUUAUCCGAGCGACCGGGACUGGGACUUCGGUGGGCGAUCCUUCUGCUUCUGCAGACCAUGAAACCAGGAAGAAAAUCGCACCGCAUACUGAAGCACUUAUUAUGGAAACUCUGUGUCGAUUCAUUUCCCUAUGGGAAGAGGAGAAUCUGCGCGUUUUUAUGAUGGCACCUCUCGAUCCAGGUGCUGCCGUUCGACUGAGCAGUUCGAAGCGGUCCAACAAGGCAUGGCAGGUGGAAGGUAGCGUAGAUGCUCAUUUACUCUCCCUGGAUCAGCUCUUUCCCCGAGAGCUGCUUGGGCCUGGCUUCUUCGAACGUCGGAUAUGCCUUCCAGAAACUCUGGACGAAAAGGAGAGGGCUGCGAUCUUAAGGCUGCACCUGACACGGGCGUGCGCGGCUGCGCGGGUUGGAAGAUUGCCUCGGCGUUCGACGGCAAACGAAACGCAAGUCGAGAGUUCGAAUCAGCAUUUUUCUCUCGUCACAACUGUGUCUAAAGGAUUAGCAGGCGGCAGCUGUACACGCGAUACCCGCAUCGAGAAAGAUGAAUGUCGCCACGAAGAGUUAGCUACACCAGCAAGUGAGUGGACGGCUGGUUACCAACCAGAAGACCUUCGAGCUCUUGUCCGUGCAGCAGCACAUGCGUCAUUCCAGGUCGCCGUGCGCAGUGCUCUCUCUUCGAAUGUCUCUGCGCCUGCUUUGGUCCAGGACCUCUCUCUCGAGGUUCCCCAACACGAAGCUGCAGGGAAUGAUGCUGGAAAGGGAAUUGUUCCAAAAAGACCGUGCGACUUGUUCACACUGGACAACUUCCGGAUUGCUUUGCUGGGUGCAGGCGGUGGUCUGAUUGCCCGAAUUACCAGCGGCUUGCACGUGGUGCCACACACUCCCGAUCCGCCAAGCGGCAAAGGGGGAAGCGUCUCUUUUAGUGGUGUUGCGUGUGGUGACAGGCACCGCGUGAUUCCCCUUUCGGAAGAUCGUGCGGACAUACCGACCGGUGGCUCCUCACGAUUGGACGAGCAUCGGGGACGGGUCCAUCCGAACACACGAUGGGCAACUGAGGGAAUUGCCGCCCGGGUCAACCUGGAUGCUCGACUUGAUGACACAAUCAAAACAAGCGGAACGGAAGAGAGAGACCAGCAGGGAUCAGUUAGGGAUGCAGCUGAUGUGGAGCCAUUCUGGAAUAGAAGUUACCGUGUUGUUCGGGGGUUUUCUGGAAUUGUCGGGGAAGAUGCGUUGAUAAGUCGACUGCGUCGACAGGUUAUCGAGCCUGUCUUUAGUGGCAGCGUCUUGCACAAGAAUGCCGCGAUACAUAGGACUAUUAGGAAAACAGUGCCUGUAGGAGUCCUUAUCACUGGCGACCCAGGGACGGGGAAAAGCCUUCUGGCGGCGGCCAUUGCCUAUGAGCUCCGAUCUACCCUCUUGGUGGUUUCUCCGGCAGAGUUGCUUCGAGCCACCCUUGGGUCCGCAGAUAAGCAACUGAUGCGAGUCUUUGAUGUUGCUGAAAAGGCCGCUCCCUGUGUCUUGUUGAUUGAAGAUAUUGAUCGUCUGGCUCCGGCUAACGGCAAGAGUUGCGAAAGAAAGCCUCACGCUCAUCUCGUGGAUAGCGACUACGACGCUUCCGUAGGAUCAGAUUUAAGCAGAGCAGACUCAUGGGAGAAACUGCCACGUCGUGGGGGGCGCGGCGCCUGUGGGGGCCGCUUGCUGCACACGCUGCUUCUCCGUCUCGACCUCCUCGGAAGAAGGCGACAAUUUGGACGACAAACCGCAGGCAACGUGGCUGGGGCUGCAGGUGUUCUAGUGAUCGGGACUGCUGACAGAGAAAUGAGUGUUGAUCCGCGCCUGUUUGCGCCAUACCGGCUUCGAUAUCGCUACGUAACAAAGGCGGCGGCUCAGUGGACUUACGCGGACGCCCGGGACAUCCUUCGCUUGUAUCUGCGGGGACGCUUUCGGCCAAGCAGGCCAUCCGACUCGACCGUCGAUGCGAUUGUUGACGUUCUUCGUCAGGUGCGCCGACUUUCUUCUGGUGAGGCGUCUACGUCCGGACCCGGUGAAGAGCAAAAUCGUAAAAUGAACCACUGGGUUGACGACGCUGAUUUCUGCGGUGAAAUCCCUGCGUUUUGGGUGCUUCUGACCCAGGAAGCGGCUGUUUGUGCCGUAGAAAGACAUAUUCUGGCGCAGGCACAGCUGGGAUGCAGUGGCGUCGGCCGAGACCGACCCAGAAAGGCUGACGACACAUGCUCGGGUUACACACCAGGGCUGGUGGAACACGAAAGACACACAGGGACAUCGAUGUUACUGCGCGAUACUGCAAGCAGUGGGUCGUGGAUACAACCGAACGACCUUAUUGCGGCGCUUCACAGGCUAACGGCCACGAGGUAGAGAUCGACAGGUAGUUUCGCAUUAGGUCCGCAGUGCUGUUGUGGCAUAGCAUUCUUUGCUAUCCCAGGUUACAACUGAUCGUCAACAACACCAAAUUAGUGGACGCUCGGACUUGGCCAGAUCAAUUGAGCCGUCUUGGAGUAGUGUUUUCUAUCGGUUGCUGCGUAAACGGAGAUGGACAUUGUCUUGCCACAGCGCCAUGCGCGAGUUAUGUUAGACAACUAGACGUACUAACCAUUUUUUUUAGAAAGUAGGGCAAGACAUGUUCACUGACGUUGCCUCAGGGUGUCUGAUAGUGGUACAGGAAUCAAUUUUCA